AUGUACUCAAUUCGAAGUCUGCCCACAAUGUUGUACCGUGAAUGUGCAGAGGAGGAUGGCUUUGAGGACAUGACACAGCUUGAGGAGCUACACGAAGGUGCUGUGUUACUAAAUUUGAAGAAAAGGUUUGACCGCAAUUUGAUAUAUACUUACAUUGGUAGCAUCCUGGUGUCUGUUAACCCAUACAAGAUGUUCAACAUCUAUGGAACAGACAUGGUUCUGCAACACAAAGGACAUGCACUUGGAGAGAAUCCUCCACAUCUAUUUGCUAUUGCAAAUGCCUCAUACACAAAAAUGAUGGAUGCCAAAGAAAACCAGUGCAUUAUUAUCAGUGGGGAGAGUGGCUCAGGUAAAACAGAGACCACGAAGCUAGUUCUCCGGUACUUAGCCGCAAUACAUCACAAACAGAACAUCACACAGCAGAUUCUUGAAGCAACUCCUCUUUUAGAGUCUUUUGGAAAUGCCAAAACCGUACGGAACGAUAACUCCAGCCGAUUUGGGAAAUACAUGGAAAUAUUUAUGGAAGAAGGGGUAAUCAGCGGUGCCAUAACCUCACAGUAUCUACUUGAAAAGUCCAGGAUUGUGUUUCAGGCCAAAGAUGAAAGAAACUAUCACAUUUUCUAUGAGAUGCUUGCUGGCCUUCCUUCACAGCAGAAACAGUCUUUAUACCUUCAAGACGCCGAGACGUAUUAUUACCUCAAUCAAGGUGGAGACUGUGAGAUUGUUGGCAAAAAUGAUGGCGAGGACUUCCGCAGGCUCCUCAGCGCCAUGGAAAUACUUCACUUCAGCGCCGAAGACCAGAGCGCUAUCUUCAGGAUCCUGUCUUCCAUCCUCCACUUAGGAAAUGUCUUCUUUGAGAGAUAUGAGACUGAAUCUCAGGAAGUGGCAUCAGUUGUGAGCGCUCAGGAGAUCCGAGUGGUGGCUGAAAUUCUACAGAUUUCCCCCGAGGGUCUACAGAAGUCCAUUACUUUUAAAGUCACGGAAACAAUGAGGGAAAAGAUCUUCACCCCCUUGACUGUUGAGAGUGCAAUUGAUGCCAGAGAUGCUGUUGCCAAGAUCCUGUAUUCCCUUCUGUUCAGCUGGCUAACAGACAGAAUAAAUACGCAGGUUUAUCCUCGGAAUGAAGCACUUUCUAUCUCCAUCCUUGAUAUCUAUGGAUUUGAGGACCUUACCUUCAACAGCUUUGAACAGCUUUGCAUAAAUUAUGCAAAUGAGUACCUUCAGUUCUUUUUCAACAGGGUCAUUUUCAAAGAAGAACAAGAGGAAUAUAACCGAGAGCAAAUCAGCUGGGAAGAUGUGCCUUUCUCUGACAACCAGGCCUGUAUUGACCUCAUUGCAGCAAAGCCACAUGGGAUACUCCGAAUUCUCGAUGACCAGAGCGGGUUUCCCCAGGCUACAGACCAUACCUUCCUUCAGAAAUGCCACUACCACCAUGGCAACAAUCCACUGUAUUCCAAGCCAAAAAUGCCUCUCCCUGAAUUUACUAUCAAGCAUUAUGCUGGGAAGGUCACAUAUCAGGUUCAUAAAUUUCUGGAUAAGAAUUACGAUCAAGUUCGCCAGGAUGUUCUUGACCUUUUUAUUCAGAGCAAAAACAAGAUGGUUGCAUAUCUCUUUAUGAGCUAUGCUGAGGCCCUCAACCAACAGAAAUCCCAUGUUGGGAAGAACAGCACAGUAACGCGGCGCCAUCAGGCCUCAACGGUGGCGGCCAAGUUCCAGCUUUCCCUCAUGGAGCUCAUUGAAAAGAUGGAGAGAGCCAACCCAUAUUUUGUGAGAUGCAUAAAGCCAAACCAAAACAAGGAGCCUGGUGUGUUUGACAUGGAGCUGGUCAAUUCCCAACUCAACUAUUCGGGGAUUCUGGAAACAAUUCGAAUCAGGAGAGAGGGCUAUCCGAUCAGAAUACCAUUUGAUGUCUUCCUUUUCAGAUACAAGUCCCUGCUAGGCCUCAAACAGCCUCCUCCUGCCAAUGGUGAAAACUGUGUCAUCAUGUUGGGGAAGCUUUGUCCCGUUAGACCAGGAGCAUUUCAAGUUGGUGUCACCAAGUUGUUCAUGAAAGAGGACAUAUACUUCCUGUUGGAGAGCAAGAGGGACCGAGUAAGGCAUGUAGCCGCCCUGACUCUGCAGCGUUACGUCAGGAUGUUCUUUGUGAGAAAACGUUAUACGGCCUUCCGCAUGAAGAUCAUACGCCUGCAGGCCCACUGCCGAGGCUUUCUCACAAGGAAACGGUACGUGAAAAUGAGAGCUAGCCUGGUCAAAUUCCGCUCUCUGAUCCAUAUGUACGUUGAUCGCAAGAGAUACAUCAAGCUGAGAUACGAGGCCAGGAGAAAGGCAGAAGAGGAGCAAAGGAGAAUAGAAAUGGAGCUGUCUAAGCGGGAAGUGGUCAACGUCACUCAUCUGGUCAUUCCAGCUGAACUCGGAGCAUUGCUGCAAGCAGCUGCCGGUGGUAGAGAGUUCCAUUCUGAUUGCUUGGCUUUAGUGCAGGCUCCCACAGUUCAGGUGGAGUCACAGCUCACGCUACCUCUUGAUAUCAACAACUACACCAUCUCCAAAUUUGUCCAGAUUCACUUCAAAGAGGCAAAGUUUGGAAUGUUAACUGCACCUUUGAAGACACCACUAACCCACAUCGAUGAGGAUCUUACACAUGACGCUCUAGAUGUCUUUGUCAUGAUCUUGAGGUUUAUGGGUGACCCACAUUUAAAUGGUGCUCAGGAGAAUUUAUUUGGAAACUACAUCAUCCAGAAGGGGCUUAGCAACCCUGGCUUGCGGGAUGAAAUCUUAUGUCAAACUGCCAAUCAGGUUUGGAGAAACCCCAAUCCAGAUAACUCAGAGAGAGGCUGGCUGCUGCUGCUAGCCUGCCUGAGUGCGUUUGCACCUUCAGCCAAAAUGGAGAAAUACCUUCUGAAGUUUGUCUCAGAUCAUGCCUAUAAUGGAUUUAAAGCUGUCGGCCAACACAAGCUCAUUCAAGCCAUGCAAAAGUCCCUGUAUGGACCGGAGACAGCUAGGACUUACCCAUUGUCCCUUCUGGAAUGGACAGCCAAUAGGAAGAAAGCAAACAUGGUUUUGCAAGUGCACUGUUUUGAUGGGACAUCUUUCCUUUGCCCUGUGCACUCCUGGACAAGCGGGGAGGAGCUGGCUGGAGAUAUUCUACAGCACAGGGGUGUGACGGAGGCCUGGAAGGGGUGUUCUGUCAUCAUGAAGGAGCACGGACAGUGGGCGGAGCUCGCAGGGCAUGAUUAUGUAAUGGAUUUGAUCGCAGACAUGGAACUGAUGAGAAAUUUUCCCAAGCAAAAAUCCUACUUCAUCAUCUCCGCUGAGAGUCCCACCAGAACUAGGCCCAAUGCCAGCCUGGCUCUGUUUGGAAGCGGGUUUGAUUCUGAUGAUGACAGCUCACUUCUGCUCCCCCAGACAAUGCCAAGCUCCAGUCUGCCAGAUUUAGAUGGAUAUUACAGCCACGAAACAGACUUCAGUGAAGCACCCACUCAGAAAGGCAUGGACAGAUACCUGGACAGCUUGUUUGACCCAGUUCUGUCUGAUGGUAAUGGGGAUUUUGAGAAGUCAUCCAGCAUGUCCAGCCGUAUGAAGGGAGCCGGUGGGAUUGGAGGGCAGGAUGGGGACAUAGAGAAGCCCCUCUCCAGCAGGCCUUAUCCCCCCGGACUGCAGCCCGGUGCGGUGCCAGUUCUACCUGUUAUGGGAGGAACAAUGAUGCCACCUAUACCUAUGCCAGCUAUGUCUUCUGUGCCUCAUGCACACGCCUCUACCGCCGUACCUUCAGUACCCUCAAUGCCAGCUAUGCCUUCUAUGCCAGCUUUCCCUGCUAUGCCAUCUUUGCCGGCUGUGCCUAAUGUGCCACCAUUGCCUGAUAUGUCAGGUGUAGAUCCAGCUGUGUUAGCACAGCAGCAGCAAGCCAUCAUCAACCAGCAAGCGAUUAUACUGGCUCAGCAGAUGACAAUGCAAGCCAUGGCCCUCCAGCAGCAGAUGUAUAAUUCAGCGCAGCACACACACAGCGAGCAUGUGCCAGCUCCCCGUUCCAGCCAGUACAGCCCUAUUAAACAAGAAUCUGGACCUGUUUCCUACAAACCAACCCCGGCUUCUCCACCACAGAAAUCUUCACAGCGACAGUACAGCCCGACUAGAAGGGAUCCACCAGCGGGAGAUGUGGUGCGAGCCACGGUCUCAAACUCUGAACACUUAGAGCCAAGUCACAACAUCAAAGACAUUAUCAAGCAGUACCAAACAAACCCUGUCAAACCAGCCGAGACAGCCAGGAGGGAAGCCAAAGUGUUUCUGAAGAAACCAGACCCCCAUGAUCAAGCGAUGAUGAUUCUUAAGGACCAGAUGAGUGCUCCACCUCCACAGCGAAAGAAAACCUACACGCCAGUCUCUCCCUCAUCCUCUGCUAAGGAGUUGGAUUAUGAUGGUGGGGCACUGAAACCAGCAAAGAGCAUCAAGAUGCAGCGAUCACCUCCUGUGCCAGCUGUUAGUCAGAGAUUCCCGGCACCUGCACCUGUAUCUAGGGAACUUCCGGUAGAGGAGGAGAAUAUUCAGACUCAGCUGCACAGGAGGAGCAGUGAAGAGCACUACACCUACACCAAUGUCCCAUGGAAGAUCUACUUGAGGAAAGAGGUUUUUUAUCCCAAAGACAGCUUCAACCACCCGCUGAUGUUAGACCUGUUGUUCAAGCAGAUUGUCCAUGACACUUUCUCAGAGGCUUGCAUUCGCAUUACAACAGAAGAAAGGCAGAAGAUGAAAUCCCUUUUUGUGGAGCACAACAUUGACAUGAAUGCCACAAUCCAGGAUGAGAAUGUGAAGAAGAAGAUUGUGCUUGCUGCAAGAGACACGUGGGACAUCUACUUCUCACGCCUCUUCCCAGCAUCUGGCAGUGUUGGCACAGGAGUCCAGGUGCUGUCUGUAUCUCAUAGAGGGAUCAAGCUUUUGAAAAUGGUCAGGAGCAGUGCGGUCGCUCCAGACUACUUCAGAGUUCUGCGACCCUACAGCUACACAGACAUCAUGUUCGUCACCAUUCCUUCCAAAAACAUGCUGGAGUUCAACCUCACCAAUGAGAAACUGAUUCUGUUCUCUGCCAAAGCUCCUCAGGUCAAAACCAUGAUUGACUACUUUAUCACAGAGCUGAAAAAGGACUCAGACUAUGUCGUUGCUGUGCGUAAUUACAUUACAGAUGACAGAAUGCUGCUCAGUUUCCACAAAGGAGACAUCAUACGCUUGCAGAAAAUGGAAGGCCUAGAUUCAGGCUGGAAGUUUGGGGCCAUUCAUGGGCGAUCUGGGGUUUUUCCUGUGGAGUUUGUUCAGCCAGUGGCUGCUCCUGACUUCAUUAACAUUCCUGUGGACAAAAAAGAGGAACCCAAGAAUAAGCAGGGUCGCGUGGCCGCCUCAGCAGCUGUGGCAGUGGCUGUAGGUUCUGCCGCCGCAGCCCAUGAACUCGACCGGUCUAUUGAGGUGGCGUCUUCUGUCAGUGAGUAUGCAGAGGCCUACGCAGACCGCGCUGAUAUGGACAUCGAUGAGAGGAUCCUGCAAGACAGCCAAUACAACAUGGUGGAGUUUGCGAAGAAAUAUUUCAGAGGGGCCCAGAGAAAAAAUGGUGAUUCGUAUAAGAAAAAGUCAAAGAAAACAAAGGAAUCCAGGGAACCAUCAGAAAUGGUGAAAUUUUCCAAGUCUCCCAUUCAAGAGUCCCUAAUCGAGUUCACUGAUGAAAACAUGAACAAAGUCGCUGCAGAGAUUUUUCUUGCUAUAAUGAAGUUUAUGGGAGACUACCCUAUGAAAAACCAGACGGAGCAGGAGAUUGUGAGCACCAUCCUAAGGCUGAGUGGCGAGUAUGGACUAAUGAGGGAUGAAGCGUACUGCCAAGUCCUCAAGCAGAUCACUGCGAACACCAGCUCCAAGACGGAGAGUUGUCAGAGGGGCUGGAGGCUGCUGUACAUCCUCACUGCAUACUACAAGUGUUCAGAGGCGCUUAAACCUUACCUGCUGAAGUACCUUCUAGACGUCUGUGCGAGUCCAGGGGUGCACUUUCAAGGUAUUUCCAAGGCUUGUGAGCAAAACCUAAGGAAGACGUUCCAGUAUGGUGGACGUGUUGAACAUCCUAAUGGGAUGGAAUUGAAAGCUAUGCUGGCUGGAAGGAGUUCCAAGCGCCAGUUGUUUCUUCUUCCUGGUGGAAUUGAACGCCAUCUAAAGAUCAAAACCUGCUCAGUUGCUUUGGAUGCCAUUGAAGAGCUGUGCUAUGAGAUGGGUCUACAUAAACUUGAAGCCCUGGAUGAAUAUGCUAUAUUUGUGGUCACAAACAGAGGUCAGAAUGUUUGCCCUCUAAACAAAAGGGAGUACAUCUUGGAUGUUGCUACAGAAGCUGAACAUGUUGACAGCAACUACAGUCUGUGGUUUCGAAGAGUGAUCUGGACGCAGCCACUGAAGUUUGACAAUGAGCUCGGAGUCACUAUGCAUUACAAUCAGGUGUCCCCUGACUACUUGAAAGGGCUGCUCAGUGUUGUCCCACAGGGUAAAGCCAGUGAGCAGCAGCUUCAGCAAGUGUCAAAACUGGCAGCUCUGCAACAUCGUGCCAAGGAUUCGAUCCACCUGCCAACCUUUCACGAGGUUCAGGAGUAUAUCCCCUCCCAGCUCUUCGGUCUCCAGCGGCACCAGCAGUGGUUAAACAUGGUGACCCAGCACAUGCAGCAGGUGCAGGCCCUCACUCCUCAUCAGGCCAAAGCACAAUUUCUGGGGCUCGUGAGUGCUUUCCCCAUGUUUGGCUCGUCGUUCUUCUACAUUCAGAGCAGCAGUAAUAGUGCUAUCGACACCCCCUGCAUUCUGGCUGUCAACCAAAAUGGUCUGAACUUUCUAAGAAAAGAUACUCAUGAGCCGAUGGUGAAGUUUCCGCUGAAGGAAGUCCAGUCCACCCGUACACAGAGGCCCACAGCUGGCUCCAGUUACCCAUAUGUGGAGAUAAUGCUGGGUGACCUAAUGUCUCAACGCAUUACACAGUUACAGCUGGACCAGAGUCUUGAGCUGUGCCGUGUUAUCGCCAUGCAUAUGGAGAACCUGCUGUCCGUACGAGAGAAGAGACUUACUCUGCCGCCCAGUGAAAUCACUCUGCUCUAGCUCAAAUUAUAUUUAUAUUACUUUUAUGGCAAUAAUUGCAAUCAGACACUAUUGAACUCCUACACGUCUAAAGCCAGCUGUCAUUUUUGCCUGUUUGCAAUUUCAAAACCAAGUUCCAAGAUUAACUUGUUAUGCACAGUAAUUUGCAUGCAUUCUGUUAGGUUGAACAUAUGGGCCUAUAAUUGAAAACAGUAUAGUACUACCUCUAGUUCUGGACAUGUGAUCAGCAAGACUUUAUUUUUGUAUGAGAGAGUUCCUCUCUUAAAUACUGAUUUGCACUACUUGAGACUAUUGUAUGUUUUCAAUAUUUAUAUAUUGUUUGCAUUUAUAUGUCAUGUGGAUUUGAAUGGGAAAUUAACUAUAUGCACAAUUAAUGUAAGUGUAAUAUGAAGUCUUUAUUCUAAAUAAUUAAAAACAU